GAACUUCCAGAACAACAUCACGAAGAACAGGAAUUGCAACUGUCCACCACAGUCACGAUGCGGUCGUCUACCCCUCUCAACAUGUUUCAGCCGACAAGGCGAAUGAUGGUCCCUGUCCCUAAGGAAGACCAAAGCGCACAUACCAUCUCCCAGCGUCUCCGCCAGUGGAGAAGAAUUCCUCCGGAGUUGGUCCCAUUGGGAAUCGUCGUGGGCGUUGCUGUGGCCUUUGGUGCCUAUUCGUUGGGCACCAAGUUGAUGGACAAGCAGAUGCGUCUGUCCCGCCAAAACAGGGGCCACGAUUAGAUCCCAGAACUGGAAAGGGUGGAAUGGGGGACUAGGGAUGGGCUUGUGGAUCGUGGAGAGAACCCAAUGUUGAUACAAUGUUAAAAUGACGUGAUCAGAAAGGUGGCGUCCCAAUGUCAAACCUCUAGGGACUUUGUAUAUCAAAUGGCAUUUAUUUCUAGUAUGGCUGCUCAAGCAG